CAAAAGGUUAGCUCAGAUUUUUAUCUCAAUGGUUACUUUUGUUCCUUUAGUUUCUGAGGACUUUUGUUCCUUCUCUUUACAUUUCUUUCCCAAAAAAAUUUGAUAACGAAAAAGGGAUGAUGGUUACAGUUUCGUUUGCUUGAUUUUUGGUUUUUUACGUACAAAAAGAUUACUUGCUUCCUUGUGUCGGUCUCCUUUAACACAAGAAUCAUACUUGAACUUCUCAUUAAGCUAUCUCUAUCUCUCCCUCAAUAAAAAACACUCAAAAUUUCUACUUUCUUGCUAUCACACAACUCAUUUAAUUGAUGCUUCGAUGUCUUACCACCACCACUAUGAAACUAACCCUCACUUCGUUCAGUUCUCGCAGGAUCAACAACAUCCUGGUGGUCCCUCUAGCUCAUGGACCUCUCCGGACAACCACCAGGACCCGCAGACUCACCCAGUUCCUCCAUCCAGGCCAAGAAUAAAUACUAGAGGUCGCAACCAGACUGAGCCACCUGAACCACCUUCCUCAAGACCGUUGCCACUGAGGCCAGAAGAACCUCUACCACCACGCCGUAAUCCAAACUCCGGCAGGCCUUUGCUAUUAAGCCCUGAAGAUCAACAACGACCUCCACACCAUGGUGGCUAUGAAUCUAAACCAACUCCAUGGUGGACAACUCAAACACGACCAGCAGCUCAUCAACCACGUUCGAAACGGACCGAACCCAUGAAACUAUCAGCCACAGUCUGCUGUGCAAUUCUCCUGAUCAUCCUGAUUCUCUCCGGUCUCAUCCUCCUCCUCGUCUACCUCAGCAACCGUCCACACUCACCGUACUUCGACAUCUCAGCAGCGACACUAAACACCGCAAAUCUCGACAUGGGCUACUCCCUAAACGGAGACCUCGCCGUCGUGGUGAACUUCACAAACCCGAGCAAGAAAAGCGACGUGGACUUCAGCUACGUGAUGUUCGAGCUCUUUUUCUACAACACGCUCAUCGCGACAGAGCACAUCGAGCCGUUCAUAGUUCCAAAGGGAAUGUCCAUGUUCACGAGCUUCCAUCUCGUGAGCAGUCAGGUCCCUAUCGAAAUGGCUCAGAGCCAGGAGUUGCAGCUGCAGCUUGGAAACGGUCCUGUGUUGCUGAACCUGAGGGGAACGUUUCACGCACGCUCGGACCUCGGGUCGUUUAUGAGAUACUCUUAUUGGUUGCACACCCGUUGCAGCAUCUCGUUGAAUAGCCCUCCUUCAGGGUACAUGCGUGCAAGAAGAUGUAUUACGAGACGCUAGCGUUCUGCGAGCGACUACGAGUAUAUUACUUCUGUUUUGUUUUAUGCAUUUGAUGAUCAUACAAGUCAAAUAUAUAGUUUUUUUUUUGUAGUUUUUUCAUAUGUUUCUGUUAAAUUUAGAAAAAUAAACUAAAUUGCUAAAGGGAAAGUACAUUUCA